UGCCAGAGAUGAAAAUCGGAUGGGACCUCCGAACCGGUUUGGAACGAAGACUAACAUCUUGGAAGAGUUCAGAUGAUCCAUCACUUGGAAAUGGUUAUUAUGUUAUGAAUAACUGUAGCUAUCCUGAUAUGUAUACAUUGGAGAGAACACAAAAGUUAUCCCGGUUUGGUCCUUGGAAUGGCAUGUACUUUAGUGGAAUACCAGGUCUACAAAACAACACCAUUUUUGGCAUUAGUUUUGUCAGCAAUAAGGAUGAAGUUUACAGCUCCUUUAGCAUCUUCAGUAACAUAACCAUCGCCAGAACUGUAAUAAACCAAACAGGUUAUAUUUAUCGCUAUGUAUGGGUGGAGGAUGAUGGAGAUUGGAGGACAUAUAGAUCCUUCCCUUUGGAGUUUUGUGACACUUAUGGCCUCUGUGGACCCUACGGGAACUGCGUAAGUACUCAAUCCCAAGCCUGCCAAUGUUUGAAAGGUUUCAGACCAAAGUCACCAGAAGCAUGGAUCUCAUCUGGGUGGAGUCAAGGAUGUGUACGCAAUAAACCAUUAAACUGCAAACACAAACUCACAGAAGGGUUUGUGAAAUUUAAAGGCCUCAAAGUUCCAGACACUACACAUACUUGGUUGGAUGAGAGUAUUGGUCUAGAGGAAUGUAGAGUCAAGUGCUUGAAUAAUUGUUCUUGCAUGGCCUUUACUAAUUCAGAUAUUAGAGGUAGAGGUAAUGGUUGUGUCAUGUGGUUUGGAGAUCUCAUUGACUUGAAACAGUUUGAAACUGGUGGCCAAGAUCUAUAUAUCAGGAUGGAUGCUUCUGAGUUAGAACCUGUAUCUAGCCACAAGAAGAACACGCCAACAAUAGUUGCUUCCACCAUUGCUGCAAUCUGUGGGGUUCUUAUACUAAGUACUUAUUUUACUCAAAUGAAUGUUAAAUCAAGCUAA